GGAAGCUUUUCGGGCGGUCCGUGAAGCAGGGAAAUGUUUAAAUCGGUUUUCACGGGCCUGAGGGAGAACCCGUUAAGUAAAAAACAAAAAUCGUGUUUAAAAUUUAAGUUAGCCUAAGGUGAUAGUGCUUCGUUUCUGUAAGUAUUUAUCUGCAGUGCCCACAAAUAUAUAAAUUAUACGAGCUUUAUCCAUCGAAGACAAAUCUAGUUGAACAUGCUGGUUCUUUUUGAUUUUACUUAGAUUUAUCAUUUGGCAUUGACCAUGUACCUGUUCAUUCAGUCAGAGCUACACGAAGGCUCAGCAGAGGUUCAGUUUGUAUAUUCAAAAGUCUUUUUUUCCUCAAAAAUUGCUGACUUAUGUUGCUUAUACAGUUUUAAUCGCCUUUAACCAGAACAGUUGUAGGAGAGUAUGGACAAGCUGAGGUGUUUAUAAGGUGCCACAAGAGGCAGCAUGCUGUCCCCGUUUUAAGGAGAUCUUAAUGUAUGCUGCUCUUUUCGUGACUAGUGUAGCAUCCUUCAGUCCCUUCUGACUGAGGAUUCACUCUAGGAACUGAGGAACUGUGCUGUCUACAGAUGUAUCUACAUCUUUCAGUGUAGACCGUGCUUAUUUCUCAUAUGUGCACAACCUGCAUCUUGCUUUAGUAUUAUGCCUUGAACUGUAUUCAUCCUGCUCAGAAUUUAAGAGAAGACCAGAUUACUCCAAGUGGCACUUUUAAAAAAUAAUUUAUGUGUUUGAACUAAAUACUUUGAUUAGCAGAUUCAGGUAUUUAAACCAUGAGUGUGAGGUGCUUUUUAGAAAUAGUGACUUUUAAUGCGAAAUGAAGUAUGAAUAGCUCUCAGUGCUUCAGCUGUUGUUAGUAUAGCACCGUGCUGGCACGGUGGAAGCUGUGAGAGUAGUGAUCCUCUCAGCCUUUCUCCUGCUGCCCACUGCGGGAGGUUCUCUGAUAAAUGCCAGCUAAGCACAGUCCAUGCUUAUGGGAUGGUUGGGAUGAUUGACUAACUGAACAAAGUUUUGUUCCUGCCGGAAUAAACCUGUUUCCUAGCUCUCUUGCAUGGCCUGGGCUAUAACUCUGAAUGAUCUGUCUCUUAAAGUUUUGUCACACACAUGUAUAACUGAGCCAUAAACUGCUGUUGUUAAAUUCACAGUGGAAGCCAACUAAUACGGUUUUGCUAUCCCAUGCUAACAUUAUUACAUUACAGGCUACAGUGAGGUUUCUAAAUCUACCAUAUCUUUGUCUUUACUCCUUCAUGCUUUCUAGACUUCGAAGCCAGGUUGAGAGAACCUGAAGACAGUGAAAGCAGAAGCUCAUAGGGCUGAGCCAGUGAAGAUUAAAGAAGGUCCAGUCCUUUUAAGAUUACCAUCUAAAAGUCAUGUGGAGAAUAGCCCAGAGUGAGACUGGGGAAAAAUAACUUGCACAGACUUAGGUGUUGCUUCACAGUUUAUGGCCAGCAACAGGAAACCUGGAUUAUUAAAUUCUGAUCCACUUGUUUCCUUUUGCUGCCCUUCUGAUGUAAUGCUUCAGCUUGCAGAACAAUAGAAUGUUCUAUAGGCAUAGAUAAAAGAUUAACCUGGUUAAUUCUUCUUCAUUUUGAUUUUCUGCUUACAGUUGUCCUUUAAACUGUACUGGCUCUGGGUCCAGCCUCCACAUGUGUCAUAGCUGCAUCUGUUUUUAGAGUAGCCAGUUUGCUGGUCAUAAACUCAAUUGUUACCAACAAUAGGUACUUAAAAAGUAAACUAUCUUUGCAGACCCAGCUUCUAAUUGACCCUAAUGAGUCAAGGGAGCAUCAGCUCCACAAGCCUCAAAUCAUGCUGUCAUGCCAAACUUAGUGCGUGAUAUGUUUUGGAAGGAUUAUUUUUCUUCACGGAAUACUGUAAAAUCUGAGUUCUUUCUUUACAUCAAUACUGCAGAAGAAAUCAAACUGGUGAUCACUGUUGUCAGCAUUUAUCAGGCUGGCUCGUAAAGCACAAGUAUGAACAGGUUAUAAGGAAGGGAUGUGCAUUUGGUGUCUGCUUACUCUGUCUCACAAACCAUGGCCUGUGGAAGGAAGAGAUGUCUAUACUGUGGUUUUAUGGAAGAUUCUGGCUAAAACCACUGACUAUUUGGGAUUUGGAUUUAUUUCAAUUUUCAAUUCAGGCAUUAGGAAUUAAAAUUUUUAUCCGCAUUUUUAUGGCUAGAUAUGAAGUGCGAUUUAAAUUCUUAAGAGAGAUGCAAAAUGCAGAACAAGUGAGGGGGAAUCAUGUUUGACACCUAGGUUUGUCUGUUCGUAAAAUGAACACAGGGUGUUCAGUUGAGAAAGAAGAAUAGGGUAAUAGCAUAUAUUAAUUGGAGUGGCAGAAGAUUGGGUGGAUGCCUGUAGCAGUGUGUGAAAUCUCCAGGGCCUGUGUUUUUGUUUCAGAAUUUUUUAGCUGUUGCAGGAAGCUCACGUGCACCAGGGUAAGUUUUAACUGGAAGGGCAUCAGUAGGGAGAAAGCAGAAAACCAAGAGCUGUAGAAAAAUAAGAAGAGGCAGUAGAAAAGCUGUAAAGAGAGCUUGGAGAGGAACAGCAUGUCACAUGAAAAGAAGUAAAAAUAUUAGUGUGAACUCUUUGUAAGUAGUGCUUAGUAAAGGUGGGUUGAGAAAGCAAUUUUGACAGUGUAUAGGAGAGACAGAAAAUAAAAAGAACAUGACGAGCAGAAAUCCACUUGCUAAGCAUUACCAGAGGAGCUGAGAAGGAUGAGAGCAUGCUUAGCUGGGGCCAAAGAGCCAGAAACAGUAUUGUGGAUAAGGACUUCAGGGUAAAGAAUCAAAACUGAUGUUUUUUAGAAGGUUAGAGUGGCAAAAGAGAGAAAGCAGUAAGUUAAGGGUGGUAAGAGGAUGCCUUGGGAAGGAUCUGAAGAAGGUAGGGGAAUAAAGCUUUAGGGAGUGUAACAGCAAAAAUUAAGUGUAGGAGAAAGUAUGCUGUCAGCAAGUGCAAAUAAGUCUCUUAAGAUUGUCUUGGUUAUUAACACUUGCAUAUUGUAUCCUCUCAAAGAGCUAAGCAGUCAUUUCUUUAAACUCAAAAUCAUGCCUUUAAACUUAGUAACUGUUCAAAUCUCUUGAGGAUGUUGAAACUAUGAGGAAUCUAUCAGCACUGCAAGAUGAAAUGGCUUCUGUGGCACUGUCCCCUCCCUUGCACAGGCAUGCGAGCAUACAGAUUGCAACCCCCAAACUCAACACUGAUGUGGGUUUAAAGCAAAAGAAAGAAUGGCUAAUUUUCAUCUGUGUCAGUCCUUCUUGUCCAGUUCAGUAUGAGAUCGCAUAAAUACCAUUGAGCUGUCAAAGCAGGACUUGAACUUUCAGUACAAUUUUCAUAACCUGGGUCCUUUACUGAUCCCCUCCCCUUGAGAGCAGAGAGCUAUUACCUCUGUCUGUCUUCUAAAAAGCACUUCCUUGGCAGGUUGAGCCAGUCUUAAUGCUUCUGCAGUUCCUGCCACAUUGUCCAUCAGUGUUUCUCCAUGCAUCCUUCAGCAGUUUUUUCAAACCAGGAGAGAGAGGUGGUUGAAAACCAGUAACUUUCAUUUUUCAUUCUCCCCUUCUGAGUCUUUGUUUUGUUUUGAUUUUUUUGCCAGGGAUAUUAUCAGGAUAAGCUAAUGGAAGAGGAUUGACGAUAUGCAUCUAGGAAGGGAUAGAACUGUGUCUGCUUAACUUGGCCUAGAGUAACUGACAGAAUCUAAAAGGAGACAUAUUCAUCAAACAUGGAAGAGGAUACCAAACCUAUCUUGGUUCCUGUGGGAGGUGAUGAAAGCAAUUAUGGAAUCAUGAAUAUACAGUUUGAUCCAGAAGACUAUAAGUGCAAAAGACCAUUUCACGUGGAGCCCACAAACAUAGUCAGUGUGAAUGAUGACAUGCAAAGAGUCACUGAUGAAGCUUCAGCAAUGAAUAAGCGGAUUCAUUACUAUAGCAGGCUCACAUCCCCUGCAGACAGGGCAUUGAUUGCUCCUGACCAUGUUCUCCCAGCUCCUGAUGAAAUCUACGUGUACAGUCCAUUAGGAACUGCUUUUAAAGUUGACAGUUGCACAGAUGGCUAUGGUAAAAACUCCAGUCUAGUGACAAUAUUUAUGAUAUGGAAUACCAUGAUGGGUACAUCCAUAUUAAGUAUCCCGUGGGGAAUAAAACAGGCAGGCUUCAGUUCUGGAAUUAUUCUGAUCUUACUGAUGGGCAUUUUGACUCUUUAUUGCUGUUACAGAGUUGUGAAAUCACGGCAAAUGAUACCUUUAACAGAUACCUCAAACUGGGAAUUCCCAGAUGUUUGCAAGUAUUACUUUGGAUCCUUUGGUCAAUGGUCAAGCCUCUUAUUUUCUAUGGUAUCACUUGUUGGAGCCAUGGUUGUUUAUUGGGUACUUAUGUCCAACUUUCUGUUCAACACAGGGAAAUUUAUAUACAACUUUGUUCAUGACAUUAAUGUAACAGAUAUUGUUCCUGGCACCAAUGGAAGUAACAAAGUCAUUUGUCCAAGUGCUGCUAGUGAUCACCCACCACAGAACAGGACUGUGAUGUUCUCUUCUGGCAACAGAACAGAUUUUGAACUCUUUGAGGAAUGGUGGGAUAAAUCAAAAACAGUACCAUUUUACCUGAUUGCAGUUCUUCUACCCCUGCUAAAUCUGAAGUCUCCGUCCUUCUUUGCAAAGUUUAAUGUCCUAGGUACAGUUUCAGUUGUCUACUUAGUUUUUCUGGUUACAGUAAAGGCUGCUCAUCUGGGAAUACACUUAGAAUUCAACUGGUUUACAGAGAAUGAAUUUUUUGUACCAGAGUUUAGAAUUCUGUUCCCUCAGCUCACAGGGGUUCUAACACUUGCCUUCUUCAUCCACAAUUGUGUCAUCACACUUCUUCAGAAUAACAGGAAUCAAGAAAACAAUGUGAGAGACCUCUCUAUUGCAUACUUCCUGGUUGGACUAACAUACCUGUAUGUUGGAGUGAUAAUUUUUGCAUCUUUUCCUUCUCCACCAUUAUCCAAAGAAUGUAUUGAACAGAAUUUUUUAGAUAACUUUCCCAGUGAUGACAUCAUGUCAUUUGUUGCAAGAAUGUUCCUGCUGUUCCAAAUGAUGACUGUAUACCCACUGUUGGGCUAUCUGGCACGAGUUCAGCUAUUAAGACAGUUUUUUGGAAAUGCUUACCCAAGCCUUUUCCAUGUGCUUAUCCUGAACCUAGCCAUUGUAGGAGCUGGAGUAGCAAUGGCAAGAUUUUAUCCAAAUAUAGGAGGUAUCAUAAGAUACUCUGGAGCAACAUGUGGUCUGGCCUUUGUGUUCGUGUAUCCAUCACUCAUCUACAUGAUCUCCCUGCACCGUGCUGGGCAGCUGACGUGGCCUGCACUGAUUAUUCACAUCUUUAUUAUCCUCCUUGGACUGGCUAAUCUGAUUGCACAAUUCCUAUUGUGAAAACUCCCCUUUCUCCCGUGGUUGUCACAAUUGGUACUGCGAUAUUUGGCAACAGCCUUGAGCAACACUGUGAGGCAUGAGGACUGUCCUCAAUGUGAGGAUCUUGGGAAAAGCUUCACCUUUGAAACAAAUUUGAAACACAUCAUUCAAGUGCUUUACAGGAAACAUGUCUUGCUUCUCUGAAAUCACAGUCUUAUGAGAAGUAAAAUGGUUUGCAUUUGAGUGAUACAGUUUUCCUGGUUUUGUUGAAGGUAUAUAAAAAACUAGCAAUGUUCGAAUAUUUUAGUAUUUUACAGCACAUUUCUCCAAAUACAAAGCUUCCAGCCUCAAGCUGUGGAAGUUUUUCGUCCAAAUGAACUGUCCUUACCUUGAUUAGCAGACAUGCUUUCUCAGUAUUGUUCAGUGACUCUUUGAAAUGCUCUUUUGUUGCAGUUAUUUUCCUGAUUUGUUUGGGAAAUGAAGAAUUUAUUGUCUUUCUUCUUUUUUUUUUAGGUUAAUUUAUAGUCACUUGGGUCAAAAUGCACUCUUAAUUUUGAAUACACUAUUAAAUUGUUUUGGCAAUAUUUUUCCUCUAGGAAAUUCCAACAACGAGAAACAAUAAACUCAUGUUUCAGUGUUUUAUUCAGAACCAAUAUGUACACAACUUAUUUGUGAUCUUACAAUACAAAAAAGCCAGGAGGAUAAAAAAAAUAAGAAGAAGACAAUUAAAAUCAGUAAUUCUGGGCUUGA